GUCUCUACGAUGUUGUAUUGUUACAUAACAAGCACCAUGUUUAUAAUGGUACAAAUCCUACCACAGGCCGAGGAAUAGAGAGCCGCGAAAACAUAAAAAUGAGGCAAAUUGAAAUCGGAUUAUUCUUCACGACCCAAGGAUGUUUAGAGAAAAAAGUCCUCUCUGCACUUCGUAAACGCUUUCUACUUUUCUUUCCCCUUGGUUCAUACACUAAGCAUUCUGAAGUGCGUGAUCCUAAUUCGCUUUUCAACGGUGCGAGAGUGGCAGCUUAACUGACAGACGACAGCGACCGUAGAGAGUGAUUGGCGCGAACCAAAAAUUAGAUGCAAACCGCCGUUUCUCGAGAAAUCACACUGUCUGUUGGUCACCAUAAAAGAUAAAGCCGAUCAAUUAGAUAAAGGAAUCUAAGUCAAUAUUUCUAGCACAUUGAAUGUGAUCUACGAGUUUAUGUUGUUCGCAAAGAAAUUGCUAGAAUGAUUGAGAAUUUGAAAGAGGUUAGGAGGUUCGAGGAGCCAUCGGAGCUGCGAUACGCACCGUCAGAGGAAGACGAUGCGCAAAAGUCAUCACACUCGGAUGACUACAAUUGCCAUGAACUGGUUUUAAAUGAUGCAUCCAAACGCACCGCGUCAAAUGGGACAGCCCCUACGGGCAUCCUGUCCCGAGCCCGCCCGGUGUUCCGGGGUGCUGCUUUGUUGUGUAUGGUGCUGGCCGUGUCUCUGGCUCCAUCUAUCACCUUGUACCACCGGGUCAGGGAGCUGGAGGGGAGGGUGAUGAGGCAAACACGAGACCUGUCGGAGUUGAGGCUGAGGGAGGCGGAUGAGGAGGGGUUAAAGGGUGUCGGUGAGACGGAGGAUGCCCGCUUAUACAUCGGCAGGAAGAUGCUGGCAGCUAGCUGUGAUUGUCCUCCAGGCCCAAAGGGUGAACAAGGACCAAGAGGAGAAAGGGGGAGACAAGGAUCGACUGGCAGAAGAGGAGAGAAGGGUGAACGGGGGGAACCCGGCGCAGAUGGCGUCUUCGGGCAGGAUGGAGCCGUAGGGGUCAAAGGUGACAAAGGAAAUCCAGGCAUCCCCGGUGAACCAGGCCCAGCUGGUCCUAAGGGUGUGCCCGGAAGUCCCGGCCAGCCCGGCAUUGGAGGACCCCCGGGCCUACCAGGUCCCCAAGGUGUUAGAGGGCAAAAGGGUGUAAAAGGACCCCCUGGACCUCCUGGCCCACAAGGACCCCCAGGAACAUCCAUGACUGCUGGACUUGCUGCUUCACAGCUUGGUACGUCUACCACUCCCUUGGCCGCCAUUCACCUUCAGGCAAUGCCAGAAGACCUUUAUUCUGGACUAACUAGACUCGAUCGGUACGGUCACUUGAACUCGUGGUUUAUUAGCACGACAACAGGAGGUUUUUCGCUUGGUCGUGAUGGUAACGUGACUGUUCUCUCUGGCGGUCAUUACUUCGUGUAUAGUAGCGUGCUGUUCUACGAUAAGUCGGCUUUCUAUGCUGCUUCCACGAACAUUAAUGGUGACCCUUUUCUUAAGUGCAUGGGAGUAAGAGGUUCAGCGUUUGCCAGAUUUGGAUCGUGUCAGUCUAGCGGUGUGAUGCUAUUGGAGGCCGGUGACCACGUGGGUGUGGUGUCGUCAUACCCGUCAAGAACAGUAGACAUGCGUCCAGACUCGACAUACUUCGGUUUAAUCAAGCUAACGUAGCGUGCAUGCUAAUAUAAAAUAAAAUCCCUUCUCAAAUUACCCAAUGUGAACCCCGGUCGAACAUAAGCCUUGAUUUAAGACAUUUUUAUUUCACUUUGCGAUACCAAAAAAGCAUUUGAAAAUGUUAUGGCGCCGUUUGUUCCUGUAACCGACCUGAUAGUUUGUGCUAUGACGUUAUAGUUUUUGUUCCGUCGAAGAAAACUGCAUCUACCAUUUUCUAGAGGGUGUUUUUUUUAUCAUUCAUCAAGUAGAUAAAUCAAUCAGAUAGAGUACAGGUAUAUGGACCAGAUAAGGGAGGGUUCACAAUAAUAGGAAUUCAGAAAUCAAGGACACCCCCCCCCCUCCCACACCCACCCAUGUGUGACAUCAUCAUGUAUCAACAAUCCUUAAUGCUGUUUUAAAGAGGUAUGCUAAUUUCGACCUUUCCUUCUUAAAAUUGAAGUCUCUCUUCACUUUAUUUGUAGAACAUUCCUCUAUAGAGCACAACUUUAAGUAUUACGCGAAGUAAUUUUUUUUAUCGAAGAAAACAUGGGUCUACAAAUGCCAUAGAUAUAAGCCAUAUCCUAAGUGGCGUAAAACGCCUAGAUGACAUAGAAUCUGCUAUUUAUUACCCUGAAUUUCGAAACGGCACUUGAAGCUGAAAGACACCCUCUAUUUUAAUAAUAAACACAAAAAUGCGUUGACGCCGAGAUGCAGAAAACAGACUAUGUCGACAUAUUUCAUGGACGCGCAUGCGUAGCACAAUGUGAUGAGUGACCCCCCUCCCCCCAACACCCACAAACACACACCGAUAAUUCACACCCCAUGAUAAUUACAUGUGAUAUACAUGUAUUAACUUUCUCGUUUUCAAAUUAUAAUAAGCGAGGGAUGGGGACGUGUGAUGCGGCAGAAAUAAAUCUAAUUAGUAUGUCGAUAAUAUCAUAUUCUCGAACUUUAAUGUGAUUAGAGGUUUAACAAUAUGAACAGUAUUAUUUCGACAUUUCAAGCUCGUGCUUUAUAAAUGGCACGUUGCCGCAAAAAAUGGAAUGGAAUUCACGUUUCGUAUAGAAGUGUACGGAAAGAGUUACUACAAUCAAAUUCAAGUGAGAUGAAAUCAAUUUUAAGAGAUCUGAUUGGUAUACGGCUUCUUAAGAGAUUAAUUUAGCUCUUAGUGAAUCAGAUCCGAGAAAACUAAUGCAACUUUGUGAUUGUAAGAAUUAUAUUUUGAGCCCAUCUCCAUUUACUACAUACAUGAAAUGGUAUUGAGAUCUUGUGCCAAAACUACUUUGAGGCGACUACACACCAUACAGUAUUUUGUACAUAAUUUAUGUAAAUUUAUUCAAUAAUUCUGAUUCAUAAUGUCAGAGGACUUGGUUUUGUAAAGUAAGGUCUCUGCGACAGAAAUCAAAAUUAUGCUGUUUAUUCCAUAUUAUAACAACCAUGUUAAGUACGUACACCCAUGAGUAGUGUUUCUCUCGAUGGUACGAAUAAAAUUUUGUAAAUAUACUACUUUGUAAAUAUGACAUAGGGCAUUGGAUUUCUGUUUCUGAGAAACAAGCUGUGUUUAUAUGUGUAGUUAUACAGGUGUUGUAAAUUAACUUUACAUAAAUGACCAAGUUAUUUGUUGCUUUCUAAUCAGACGUAUUCCCUAAUUAAGCUCUGGUUUCAAAUUAUGUAUAAUAAAGACAUCCAAAUGAUAUUUGUCGUUUAUAAUCAAACAAUUAACAGCUCAAUACAUAAUUGUUUCCUCUUGUCUGCCUUCAUCCAUUUCUCUUUUUUUAUAUAUAUCUUUAAUUCCUCUUUCUCCUCCUUUUUCAUUUCUUUAAUAAACAAUCUUCUA